GUUACAUGAAAGUAUGGAGUCUCCCCUCCCCAGCGCGCUUCCUUCCGCACGCCUCAACUCUACCCUUGGUCUAUAUAAGGUGAAGGACACCACACGUCCGUACAGUGUUAGCGCCGUCACCCGCCAUGGAUGCGACAAAACUGCUUAUUGUGAUGUUGGCGCUCCUGGGCCUUCUAUCUGCUGCCCCUGCCCCUGACGGGGGCCAUCACAAAAAGUUCAUAAUCCACGUUCCAUUCAAAAUUCACACGAUCCAUCAUCACCACGUCAAGAAAAUCCCGAUAUUCCACCACUACGAGCACUAUGACCACCACCACCACCACCAUCACGUCCACGAUCACCACGAGGAGCUGCACCACGACUACCACGAGGACUACCAUGACGACCACUAUUGAUCACGAUUACCUAGUCACAACGGGCUUUUCAACGGCUAUAAGUCACCGGCGUGUAACAAACAUCACUGGUCGCAGGCAGAGUCCUUGUGUCGUCUCGGGAUUCGUGCUGAACUCCAAAUUUGACAGAAUGAACUCCCCUCUUCCUGCGCGAAAUCAAAACACUCGAAAAUACUAAACAAGUACAGUAAUUUAUCAAAAUAUACUGCCUGAUUAUGGAUUGUUUUAAAAUAUUACUCAUUGUUACAGAUUUUAGACCAAAAUAUCGCUUAAGUAUUUUCCUCAAACUUUUCUACCUGAGAAAGGAAGCAGAUACUUACUAUCGAAAGUUCGUGUUCUAUUUUGUUUUCUCUAUAACAAUCUUGAAAUCUUUUCUCAUAUAGUUAAAUAACGUUUUACAUCCUCAAAGUAAAACUGAAAAUCUACUUUUUGUGACACAUUAUUAAACUCCCAUGUUUUCCAAUUUACACGUUUGUUAUAAUAUAUUAUAACGCAAUUGCAUAGUAAGGAAAAGAAUGGAAAGGUUUAAAAAAGACUUAUUUUCUCUCGAGAUCUAAAUUGGAGAUGAACGGAACAAAUUUUAUUUCUUGUACAUAUUUAGUGUGUAAAUAUUACGUAGAUACAUGUACAGUUUAGACUAAGAGCUGUUUUCGUUUUAAACUGAUGUAGUCCAGCGUAGUUUUUAACACUGAAAAUCAAACGUGCUCCCUUACCAAGCGUGCUACUACUUUUCUCCACAUAAGACUGGAUACUUGUUAUGUUGAUUUUGUAAUAAAGAUAUUGCCUUCAAA